ACUGCAAGAUAUUAAAGAGUUAGCCCUAUGCCUUUUAAAACCGAAACUGCGUCAGGAGCACCCAAACGACACACAUUUAACACACCUGCUCGUGGCUUAAAGAAAAAAUUCAUUCCAAGCAAACGCUGAACACCCGCUGUUCAUAAAGCUUGCACGAACGCUGAGGAGGAGAAAAACCUUGAAGGCGUGAGGACACUAUCAGGGAGCGAUUCUUCUAGUUGAGAAGAAAAUUCCUACAUGUUUAUGAAACAGAUGAAUGGUUCUAAGACCAAAAAUAAUAAUCCGUAGGCAUAUGUGUGUAUAGACCUCUAUUACACGUAUAUUACAUAUAUAUGUAUUCUUACCAUUUUUCCUCCCUGAUCCUGUUCCUGAAUACUUAGAUCGUUGUAGGCUGGGUGAGUUGGGCAAGGCUUUUUGAAGUAGGUAAGUUGUUCUUUGUGUUGAAGUGAGUACAGAAUUUAGGUUGGCGGGAAGGAAAAUAAAGUUCAAGAAUGGGGAAGAGCCCAUGGGCGAGAAGCACAGGGUACAAGGAACAGAGAGGGAGAAGUGAAGCCAGUUCAUGAAGAGCCUUGACUUGCUGGAAUAAAGGUUUUAAGUUUGAUUUGGUAAGUGUGUAAAAGCUGUAGUGAGGUCUUUCUUCCUCUGUUGAUUCGCCCAGCUUUUUAUUCAUUAACUUGGACAUUGACUUAUCAGCUCGGCAAAUAUUUAUUAAGCACCUAGGAUAGAUCAAGCUCUCUCUUACAGGCCUGGAGCGGUGGUUCUCAACCAGGGGCCCUUUUCUCUCCCCCCAGGAGGCAACGGGCAAUGUCUGGAGAUGUUUUUAAUUGUCACACUGGGGAUGGGGUGCUACUUGCAUUUAGAGAGUGGGGGUCAGGGAUGAUUCCCACAACAAGGAAUUUUCCAGCCCCGGAUGUCAAUGGUGCUGCUGUUGAGAAACCCUGAGCUAGAAGGUACAAAUGUCAGAGAUAAAGUCCUUGCCCUUUAGGGUUACCAGGGGGAGGGGAUACCGUAAACUAAUAAUUCCAGCACACUAAGGUCCACAGUGAAAAGAGUACUGGGUUAUUUUGAAAGGGCAGGACACUAUGCCAUCAAUUCUGUUUGGGGUUGGAAAGAUUUCUGGAAGAAAGUCACAUUGGAGAUGAACCUUCAAAGAUGAGUAGAAGGUUGGUUUCCCGGACGGGAAAGGUGGGUGGGAGGAGGUUGUUCAAAAAGGUGGCCUGUUUGGGACCUAGUGGGUGGCUUGGUGUAAUUGGAAUUCCAGGUCUGUGGUGGGAUGGAUUGAGGCCCAAUGGUGAGAGAUGACAUUAGGUUGGGGCAUAACACAUCCAGGAGGGUGCUAUGGGCCCCGCCCACCCCUACCCCAGCCCUACUUGAUAAGAAGGUCAAUGUCCACAAAGGUCACACAAAGGAACCUAAAAGUAGCUGGGUUCUGGGAUUCUGUUCACACCACUCUCGUCUGCAGAUUUUAUUUCCGCAUCUGGGCCCUGUUCUAAAUCCUAGGAGGAUUUUCCCCCAUGAAUUUAACAUGACUGACGAAGCCUGCUCCAGGGGCUCCGCUGCUGCAUAUGGCCAGGAGAGUGUGCGAGUGAGCGGUACGGGGUGGAGGAGAGCGACAAGGCUACUAUUUGUAAGCUUCUUCAAGAGCCGUUCCUACACGUGUGGAACGAUGCUCACGCGCGCUGGGCGGGUACGGCCCUUAGAGUCAAGGCAGCACCUUCCGGAAUGGUACUCAGGUUAUCUAUUUGAGUGCAGCUCCCUACCGUGUCUGACCAUGGCCUUCCUGGGUUUUAGGUAUUUUAUAAGCUCUACCAAAGCAAGUGUAACCUCCACAAAUGAACCAGUUACACUGGAAAAGGAAACUGGAGGCAGAAUUAUAAACCUCAGUGCCUCCUCUUUCCCCUCUUUGUAGGAGAACGUGUAGGGUGUCCGUACGUAAGGUAUAAAACGUAGUAUCUAGUCUGGGGGAGCCAUGACCUCCCCUCCCCUGGGUUUGGUUCCAGACCACCUCACAAUAAAUGGAAUAUCACAAUCAA